AUGCUCUUCGUGGAAUUGCCGAAUAAGACAAAGUCAGCUUGCUGCAGAGGGCUCAUGAGCGAAUUCUUCGUGGACGUCCAUAUACGGUUAUCAGAACAAUCGGAACUCGAGUGUCAUAACACGUCAUUCUGGCUAUUUCAUGGAGGUGGUUUUAGCGUCAGUGUUCUGGACGUGAGCUUCCGCGGUAUCAGAGUGAGCCUCAUCCCAGUGUUAACUGGAAAAGGCGUUGAGGUUUUUAAGGGAGGCAUUUACUUCGGUGUAAGUGGAGUCAUUAGACUAGUUCUCAGAACACUGUCUAACGUGAAGCUUGACAAAAGCGUCAACGUCGACUUGGGUGCCAUCUUACGGUGUCACGCGCACAAACGACAGCUGAAUAACCGUGACCCCAUAUACAAUCCACCAAUCUACUUCAGCCAGACGUUGCGACUCGUUGCCGCGGCAGAUGAACAGCUCAGCUACUUGAGGCUCAAGCCCUGUCAAGUGAGGGUGUUUGGUGUGCACGGGGAUUUCGAGGACAUCCUCCUCCAUUCUGAACCCACCAGGUUCUGGACGACACAUGCCAGAGACGGUUAUUACAACGCCUUUCGUAGCGUGACCGUUCACUUCGGUCGAGUGGCACACAUCAGGAAGAUUGCCCUGAAACUCAAGGAGAAUGCACAGAAUAAGCCCCGAUCGUUGGUUCUUGAUGGAACGCGGGACGGAAAAUCAUUUUACACCUUCCGUAAGGUGGGCGUGGCGUUUCAUUCGAACUCGCUGGAAACGAAUGUCACCCUCACGAACCUGCCGGGCGUGCGUGGUCUUCGAAUAACUCUCUCAGACCUCCUAGAUGACAAGGAGGCUGUGCACAUCAAGAUGAGAUUUUACGGCUGGAUGGAAUUGAGAACACGAUAUGAUUAUGGUCCAUGCAAAGUGCAGAAAUUUGGCUGCACGGACGGACAGUGUGCAGCAUCAGUCGCUCUUCGAAGCUAUGUUGUCGGACGUGACUUCAUAGUCUAUUGUGAUCAAGUCCCUGGUUUGGCCCUGACCUACCGAAUUCGUUCGAUCUGCUUCCGCGCCUUCGACAUCGCACCAACCACCUGGAGAGAUUUGGAUGGUCGCAUAGCACACGUGGUAUCGUACAUUCCGAAGGACAAUGUUCUGCUGGCCACAUCAUGCUGUGAGAAAGAGUACUUCAUGAGCAACGAUUCCGGCGAUUCGUGGGUUUCAAUCAACCGACGACACUUCCUGUACUGGAAGUUCCACCAUGAGACUCGCCCCAUGGUGUCCAUCCCACGGACAGUUGUACCUCCAGAUUUUCAACCGUCUUCAACUGGUUCAAGUUGUACGGCCUUCCAGGUUCGACAGUGGCACUACAAUAAUCCGCCGGAAUUUUCGGCCUUGGAGUACCUAGUGAGACCACGUCUGCAGGACUACACGCAAAAGGUGGCUCAGCUCAUUGCCACCGACAUGGAUCUUUGUGCUGCACCGAAUGCUCCCCCUGCCGAUUGUCAGGUUGUGGAAUACCUCAUUGCAUAUGACAACACUGAA